AUGGGCGCCCAGCUCUCUCUUUUAGCACAAACCGCGCCCUCUAUUGCCAUUUCAUCUUACGUUGACGUGCUAGAUGAGAUCCACUACAUAUCACAGCUAAACUCCUCCCGAUUUCUGAAGACAUGUAAAGCUCUCGAUCCUAAUGGCGAAAUACUGAUAAAAGUUUUCAUCAAGCCAGCUGAUGACUAUAGUUUGAGAAGCUUAGACAAAGAUUUAACUAAGGAAUCUUCCAUACUUGCUCAAUUACCAAAUGCUUUAAAUUAUAGUAAGAUUGUUGAAACUGAUAGAGCAGGCUAUCUAAUAAGGCAGCAUUUACGGAGCAACCUGUACGAUAGGCUCAGCUCAAGGCCGUUUCUCACAACAAUUGAAAUGAAAUUCAUUACCUUUCAGCUCCUUCAAGCGCUAGAAGAUAUACAUAUGAGAGGGAUAACACAUGGUGAUCUGAAAACUGAGAACCUAAUGUUAACCAGCUGGACCUGGCUAAUAUUGACAGAUUUCGCUGGAUACCUGAAGCCAGUUUAUCUUCCAGAAGACAAUCCCGGUGAAUUCUCCUUUUAUUUUGACACCUCUCAGAGAAGGAGUUGCUACCUCGCGCCUGAAAGAUUUAAUACGCAAAUGUAUGAGCAAACUAAAGAAAGCAAAAUUGUCCCGAAUAAGGAGAUGGAUAUAUUUAGUGCGGGAUGCUGUAUUGCUGAGCUUUUCUCUGAGGGUCAUUCCAUAUUUAAUUUAUCACAACUUUUCAAAUACAAAAAUGGCGAAUACAAUCCUGAUGAAUUUUUGAAUCAAUACAUUGAUGAUUCUGCACUGAAGAAUUUGAUCACCGAUAUGAUACAACUUGACCCCAAAAAGAGAAAGUCGGCAAGGGAACUCUUGGCCAAAUACCGUGGGAACUUCUUUCCUGAGUAUUUUUACACAUUUUUUUACGAGUACUUUAAAAAUUUGGCAGUGCUUAACGGGAGUAUUUCUAGCUUCGAGAAGACAUGCGCAUCGUCGGUACUAUCUGAAAGACCCAUUGAGGUUGACCAAGCCGUGAUAAAAAUAUACAAAGAUUUUUCCAAAAUUUGCGCUUCCCUCAACUACCCCAUGCAAAUCGAUGAAACUGAUGAUGACUCCACAGACAGAAUCUUUAAAGAUUCUCUUACCAUUCCUUCAGUUGGAACUGCCCGGCUGCGACAGUUUGAACCUGAAAUUUCAUCUGUGAAAGAUGAAUCGGCUCUGGUUUUUUUGUCCAUUCUAUUACAUGCCUUGAGAAAUUUAGUCUAUCCUAGCUCAAAAUUGAAAUGUUUGGAGCUUGUCACCGCACUUUCGCAGUAUAUCUCGGACGCAAAUAAACUUGAUAGAGUGAUUCCUUUCCUUGUUUCUAUGUUUUUUGAUGAAUCACCAAAUGUCCAGGGCCUUGCAAUUCAGUCCACUUUUCAAAUUCUUUCAACGGUUGAAAGACUGAAUCCGAUCAAUGAGAACAUUUUCGUAGAUUUUUUACUUCCCCGUGUUAGGAAGUUACUUCAGACAUCUAAACAAAAUUUUUACGUGCGGAUGGUUUUAGCUGACUGCCUAGGGGAAAUUGCUGGUACGGCUACUCGUUUUCAGGAGCUUUCUUCUCUUCUACGCUCAAGUACGGAUGAUUUAUCGCAGUCCUUUACACGCUCGAAAAAAGCUAGGCGUAAGCUUGUACAUGAUUUUGAAGAGAUAACGGUGGCUCUUUUAACCGAUAGCGAAACAUGCGUAAAAAUUGCUCUUUUAACGGACAUAUUACCAAUUUGUCAUUUAUUUGGGAGAGAAAGAACUAACGACGUUAUUUUGAGUCAUCUAAUAACUUAUCUUAAUGACAAGAAUUCUUCUCUACGCAUAAGGCUCAUACAAACCAUAACCGGUGUUGCCAUCCUUUUAGGCCCUAUAACCCUUGAGCAAUACAUUCUUCCUCUACUCAUACAAACCAUAACUGAUUCUGAGGAACUUGUAGUCGUGAGUGUUUUACAAAGUUUGAAGGCUCUCUGCAAAGUUGGUAUGAUUAGGAAGUAUUACUUUUACGAUAUUUCAAAUGUGAUAUCAACGCUACUUCUACACCCUAAUGUGUGGAUUCGCCAGUUUUCCUUGAUGCUGUUGAUUGAGAUUUCAGGGAAAUUGACUAAAGCCGAAAUAUACUGCCUCCUUUAUCCUAUUAUAAGGCCAUACUUUGAGUUUGACAUUCAAUUGACCUGGGAUUCAAUGCUCUCCAGUUGCAAAAAGCCUGUUUCAAGGACAGUAUACAAUCUUCUUUGUACAUGGUCUCUAAGGGCGACGAAAACACUGUUUUGGAAACAAGUUCCUAACAAAAAUGUAGACUCCUUUGGCAACAACAGUUUGGUCUUUAUAACGAAAGAUUAUACGCUUAAAAAUUAUGGCUUGAAUAAUGGGCUGAAGUUAUCGAAAGUUUCCUUGAAGUCCCUAGAUAACAAGGAGAUACUUCUAACCACAGAGGAUAACAAUUGGUUGGAUAAGAUCAAAACAGUCGGACUUCAUGAAAAUGAGUUGUGGAAAAUUGCCUCUCUCAGGGCUUACGUGUUUCGUGUCGCAAAAAUGAUAGCCAGAAAACCUGAAUCAUUUUCUUCGGUCACACAAUUCUCAAGAAAUGGCGUGCCCAAUUUAGAGGUGUCAUCUUCGUCUCGUUUACCUCGAAACGUUUUUUUCAAUGUAGAGUUUGUUAAUGGUACCACUAAUGACAAUCUACAUAUGCUACUAAGGAGGCAGUCUGUCGCUGGCCAAAAUUUGACUCAAGAGGAGCGCACACUUUCCCUACCUAAACCGCUCGAUUUAAAUGGUUCAUUGGUACUGAACACAAAAUUCGCACAGCCAACGAUAACCCCUAACUUAGACAAUGUUUAUGUUCAACUUGAACCCUCGAAGCAGAUCCAGUCCCAUGAUCAUAGUAGAGAUUCAGAGAUGAAUUUUUCACAAUCAAGGUACAUUGUUCAAAAUUCCUAUGAGGGCGACGUAAAAUCGAUUAAGGAGUUUUUGAAAAGCGUCAAAAUUACUCCCACUCUUCGAGAAUAUCCUGAAUUUGGGAUGUAUUCAUCGCAGGCAUACCCCUCUUUAAGGAAGCAAGGUUCGGGCUCUUUCUUCAAAGGCACCUUUGUUUCACAAAUAACGGAACACAGGCCUGCCGCAAUAACGGCACUAGCAGCGUGCCCUCACAAUCCUUAUUUGAUAACUGCCUCUGAUCAGGGUGUUAUAAAAUUCUGGGAUGUUCUGAAGAUCAGAAGUGGUAAAACGUUCUCAUCUUCGCUAAGUUUUGAAACUGGAUCUCCAGUGACAGACCUCAAGUUUUUGGCAGGUUUCGAUGUCUUUGCUGCAACAACAAAGGACGGAUCUCUCUUAUUGAUAAGAGUACACUUUGGUGAUCAAAGUAAUUUCAGAACAUUCAAACAUUUCAAGGUAAUUCGUAACCUUUCCAUGACAGACGGUAAGGAGUAUGCAUUGAAUAUUGUAGUAACAUGCAGUGAUACCAGUCCGUAUAUCAUUGCUUUAACAAACCUCUCAAGGGCUUUUGUAGUUGAUGUCAGGUCAAUGGAAGUUUUGAGAAUAAUUGAAAAUUUACCAACACACGGUGCAGUGCUAAGCUGCGUAGUAAGUGAAGAUGCAUCCUGUCUGAUUUUUGGAACCAGCAAAGGUAUCAUUGAUGUGUGGGAUUUAAGGUUUGGUAUUCUCGUCAAUAGUUGGACUUUCGCAGAUCAUUCUCCUGUAACAAAGCUCGAAUUCUACAAUUCUCUUGCGAAAAAGAAUGAAAGAAAUGUUAUCAUUGUGGGCGGGUCUAGCAUGUCUAUUUUCACAAUCUGGGACUAUGCAAAAGUUGAAUGCCGCUAUGUGGUUCUUGGCGAUGAGUCUUCUCCAACUCUAAGCGAUUACAGACCAGUGUACACCAAAGGCGAUGUCGACGAAAGCACGACCGAAAUUUCGGUGAGCGCCAUCAGUGCACUCAUGGUGAGAGAUCACAAUAUUUUUGUCGCGAUGAAUAGGACUCACAGCAUUUUGCACUUCAACCUCAAGGAAAAAAUUGGUUCUACUAUUCUUCCUAGUCCAAAUUCCAACAGAUAUGUGUUCAGGUUCGAGUCUCUCACGGCUAAUAUGAUGGUUUUGUAUAAGCAGAAGACAACAUCUGAUGACAAACUUGUUGAUCCUCUGAAUCUACAUCAUGACUCCAUCAGCUCAAUGGCAAUAAUUGGUACCUCAAAGUAUCAGCUUCUGGCAUCCGGAGACAAUUCUGGCAUUAUAAAUUUUUAUGCGUGA